UUUUAUAAUGAAUCCUUAUUAUUAACAGUUAAUGAACGACGCCUUUCACAACAAAGUACACGGCAGGUUCAACAACCGAGGAGUGUUUUAGAUCGAUUAGGGAAAAAGGGGGGUUUGAUGACUGCUUACAUCAAUCCUGCAUUUAUUCAAAAUUCAAACGCCACCCCUAUACCUGCACAACCCAAUAGCAAUACCACAUUAACAUCUAAAAUUUCUCGCUGUCGUCAUUGGCCUAAUUGUGAUCUUGGUGUUCAAUGUAAAUUUCAUCAUCCAACAGAAAUUUGUCCUAUGGUUCCUAAUUGCCCAAAUUCACCACGAACUUGCUUGUACAUUCAUCCUGCAAAUCAAGACUUCAACACAUAUGAACAAGGUGGCUUGUAUAGACAAAAUUCAUUUGGCAAUGGCACAGGUGGGCAAAUAGGCUUUGGAAAUCGUUCGGUUGAUCCAAGUUCUCUCGGAUUUGGCCCAAUCGGACAAGAUCCAAUGAAUCAUUUCGUAGUUGGACAGAGCGUGGGAGGAUUUAGCGGAAUGGGACAGAAUGUAUUCGGACCUAAUUCAUUCAGUCAGAAUAACAUUCAACAAAGUUCAUAUGGAACAAGUUUAUAUGGUAAAAAUUCUCUUAAACAAGGUGUUCCUAAUAAAGUUGGAUCUGUACAAGGGUUAAAUAUCCAAGGUCAGCGUGAUAUAGAACAGAAACCUAAAUCUGGUGCUGGAUCCGUAAACUCGACAACUUCUAUCACAACAGUUAAUACGAUCGCUUCAAUCACUACUUCUAGAAAUAUUUCUACAGGGACGUCUUCUCAGGAUGCGGACGUUACACCAUUACCGCAAAGUUCCCAAGCUCUUGCAGUUUUAUGCAAAUAUGGUGAACAUUGUGCGAAUCCUAAUUGUAUGUAUGCACAUUCUAGUCCUGCAGCUGUUGGGACUGGUACGGUACCAUCACCUAUAUUGGAUGUGCCUUGUAAAUAUGGAACUGAGUGUGCAAAUCCAAAGUGCCAUUACUCACAUCCAUCUCCUGCCAAUUUAGCGGUUACUCAAGAGCCUUGUAGAUUUUACCCUAAUUGUCAAAAUCCGGUGUGUCCAUAUUUGCAUGUUGAUAAUAGUGGUAAUGCCGUUAAAGUACCAACGCCUUGUCGUAAUGGAGCUCAUUGUACGCGACAAGAUUGUCAUUUUAUGCACCCGCCUGAUUGCGCAUAUUCUCAUCCAAAUGGCAAAAAGGAUCACACACCAAAUAUUUCCGAACGUACAUUUGUAUCUGUACCUGACGAGAUGACGGAGAAGAUUAUUCCAUCUAAGAAUAACAAUGACGAGGAGUCAUUGGAGGUCAAAGAUGUUGCGGAGAAUGGUGCACGAUCGGAGGAUGCCAAGAAUAAUAAAGAGAAUGAAGUUGGUAAUGAAGCUACUAAAAGUAAGGAGACGGAGGAA